UCAACUUGGAUUUGGCAAACCUUGAAGUUCCGGGCACAACUUGGAAUUGAAGGGCGGCAGUUUCCUUACAGAGCGACUUCAUCCUUCGGGCAACUCCCAAUUCGACAACCUCGACCCUGCACUCUCUGCACUCUCUGUCAACAUACCUCUGCGCAACAAAUCAGCUGUCUGGAAGAGGAUGUAAUCAUUUUCUAACUAAAGAUGCACUGCCAGCACCCUUCUCAAAAUGUCAUUCCAGACUCCCGGCGGCCCAGCCGCCAAACGCCGGCGGAUUGAAACGGCCAAUGCAACCCUUCGGAAACCGUUUAGGUCACCUAUGAUAAGCCGGCAACAGAACCAGUUCGGUACCGGAAGCACGCUUGAAUCACCCAGCACCAGUCGUGCUGGCCCAGCCGCGGUGUCGACGCCCCAGACACCGGCGACGCCUGCAUCACUCCGCAGUCAACGUCCUGCUCCUCCCGCCACUGCAUCUCCCCUAUCAACCGCUCCGAACCUCACCGCUGGUGACACCCCCGAACCCAGGCGGUCAACAAAUCUGGAUCUCGGCUCGGGUCGCAGUAUCAAGGCCACCGGCUGCGGCGCUGCCAGUCCCGGCGAGCACGAAGCUUCUGGAGCUGACCUCCUGCAUCGAAUUCUCGCCUCGCAGAGGCGAGACGCCGGAGAUCGAAGAGGAGGAGGAGGAGAGCGAGGAAACUGAGUUCACGAUGACCAUGAUGCUCAAGAGCCUUAACAUUGACCCGGAUGCGUUGGGAUAUGAUCCU